AAACGACCUAAUGAACUGUGACCUCGGAAACGUAUGUAGUUGUACAAACAAUCACGGAGGCUAAUGUAUUGGCUACCUCAAGAUAACUUAUAACGUUAGCGUUGCGAGAAAUAACCAAGAGACAAACACAAACACACAACACACAAGCGUGUUCUCCUUUGGAAAGAUUCAGAAGAAUACAAAACUGGCACCCCCACUACCUGUCACGAUGCCCGCUCUAUUGGAGAGACCAAAGCUGUCCAAUGCGAUGGCCAGAGCGCUCCACAAACACAUUAUGAGGGAAAGGGAACGAAAGAGACAAGAGGAGGAAGAGGUGGACAAGAUGAUGGAACAGAAAAUGAAGGAGGAGGAAGAAAGGAAGAGAACUAAAGAGAUGGAGGAGCGAAUGUCAUUGGAGGAAACAAAAGAACAGGUUCAAAAGAUGGGGGAAAAGUUGCAGGGGCUUCAGGAGGAAAAGCAUCAACUCUUUCUACAGCUGAAAAAGGUCCUGCAUGAGGAGGAGAAGAGGCGUAGGAAAGAGCAGAGAAUCAGUUUUAGGUCUGGACCCUUUGUCAGCCCAGGUUCAACUUCUCGACUGAUGACACGAUGUUACACGAAUGAAUUUCUUGACGGAAAUUCUCAAAUGUCAUGUGACAUUACAACAUUGACCUCGGCCAGCUACCAGUCAAGCAUACCGAUGCAUGGGCAGCAUCUGCUCAGCAUGCAAGGCAGUCCUGUCGGUCACAGUCGGUCUGGAGGGCUCCUUGCUGACCGAAGCAAGCAGCUGUUUCAGACUCCUGUCAUUCCUGGUCGUCCUUUCCCUGGCCAGGCUGGCUUCAGCACGGGCUCCAGUGAACAUGGUCAGUUCACGGCGGGACAGUCGGUGCACGAGCCGUACGUGGUGACCACUGCCCAGCACCCCUCCAGCUACGCCGCCAGCUCCUCCGUGCCCAUUAGCUUUGCCAGCAGUUCCCAGAUCCGAGGGGCCUCAGCGUUCCAGGCCAUGCAGUAUCUGCCUCACCAACCACAAGGCUUUGCCGUUCACGCUGGUCACUUUUCUUCUCAACCAGGCUUCAUACCCAGUGCUGGAAUCCCCCUUCAAAAACAGCUGGAACAUGCCAAUCAGCAGUCUGGCUUUACUGACUCGGGAACCCUGAGAUCCAUUCCCCCCCAGGCCCUCCAUGUCAGUGCUGCUGGCCUCCUGCCCACUCCCUCCAUGGCUGUCCAGAUCCCCAGUGCCAAGGCUUCCUUCCCAGCCUCGGCCCAGCCGGCCCCUCGCCAUGCUCUCUUCUCUCACACCCAGCCUGGCCAGAGAUUCUAUCACCACAGCAAGUGACCAGGCCUCUCUUCCUACCAAACAGUCUUUUUCUGUUGAGGAUACAUGGUCAUGGUCUAACUCCAAAGAGACUCUCCCAUUAUGGUUCAACUGGACAAAUUAUCAUACCUUGGGGCGGUUGUGGUGACCACCAAAUUACAAAAUGUACAGCAAUGUCUGCAGCAUCUAUUUUAGUAAAUAAGUGACAAGUUCUUUGUGCUCUGAAAUGUAAAGAAUAAAGAUGAAAACCUAAGACAUUGAGUUUUGACUGUAAUUGGUGUUCAUAUCAGCUUUACAGCUUAGUUGCUUUUAGUUUCUUUUAACUCCCAUGCUAGUCCUUGUCAGAGGGGAGUUUGCCAUGUUUUAGUUUUUAAAUGUUUUAAAGAGACAGAUAGCUUCAGUCUAUGCCCUGUCUGAUGGUGAAUGUGAGCAGUUCCUACUACCUCUUAGUAGUAUCCCCUGCUGCAAAUGUCCUGGACUGUUUGUGUGUCUGGUUUUAUCUCUGGUGGCAUAGCUAUGUCAGUAAGCUGUUGAGGCAUGCAAUGCAUAGAGAGCCUGGCCCACGCCUGAAUUCAGGCACAGUGCCUAAGAACUUUUAAGCCCUAGGUAAAGGAGAAUUUUAGUAGUUUAACUCAGAAUGUGCCGAUCUACCAGCCAUGCAUGCACUGCCUUGUGAACCCUGGAGAAAUGAGAAGUAUUGUUCUGGGACCUGUUCAAAGCUUUAUCGCUUGCAGCUAUUAACAUGAUAAAGUCACUGACCAUCAAUUCUGCCCUCGCCAGCUUGACCGCGAUGUUGCUCUGUGUGAGUGACACAUUUGGUUGUUUCUGUGUGCUGUGUUUUGCUGAAGCAUUAAGUCUUGUUCAACAUUUUAUUUUUUAUUUCAGUUGUUACAACAGCAGAACAGAAAAAUAUCUCAAGAUGUUAAACCAAAAAUAUGUUGUAGUUCCCAAUGUCAAACACGCUGUGACCUUUUACACUACAACAAAUAAAAAUCAAUUUUUGAAAUCAAA